CCCAUCUCCAAGAACUUCCUAUGAAGUCUCUCAGUACACUUUCAUUCUUCUAUCUCCUCUUGGUCGUCUAGAUACGAAAGCUUGCAUAUCCUUCUGGAUCACACCCUCCCAGCCAAGACCAACUGGUUAGGCUACAGUUCACAAUCGCACCACACAAUUUUCACUUCAUCAUCUCCAGAGACUUCAGCGUCGGUUCCCGUACAGGCUGAUGAGCACAUUGUGUAGUACAGCGGAACCCUCCCUCACGUUACCCGAGUUGCCAAUAUUAUUACUGGGGUCGUUUCCUCUUGCUGCUCCACUUCCGAAGCUGUUCCUUUAUGUGAAGGCAAUCCACGAUGCCAGUCCAGUCACCCACGCCUCCAACGCCGAAAGGUCCUCGAAACAAUCGCCGAAAUUCGAAACGAAACACCAUUCCAUUGUCCCAGAAGGUUGCCUUAUUGGCAACCCCGCCCUCCUCGCCGCCGCGCAAUCAGAGCCCCGGCGGAACCGCCACCGACUCCUCCCUGAACAACAUUCUUAGUACGACGAAGAAGAAGCAGAAGCAUGCGCACGCCAUCAAAAAACCUCGUGAUGCAUCAAGGGCCUCACCGGUCCCUUCCAACGGACACCGUCAUACCUCCUCCCAUUCCCAUAUAUCCUCGACCCCUCAAGCAAAAGAUGGCUCGCACUAUGCAGGUCCUACCUUCCAUGCGUCACCAGCGCCGUCCGCUCUCCCAAUCCCAAGCUUUUUCUCUAAGUCGUUACCUGAAUCGGACCUUUCAUCGGGAUUAGAUGCUGACAACGACAAUUUCGAUGCCAGUCCGGAAAUGGAGAGUACGCCUUCUAAAUCUAAAGCGCGUCCUGUAUUUGAGAACGAAAGGCGCCAAUCCACACCCCUUGAUUUUCUCUUCAAAGCCGCAGUCGAAGCCAGAAAUACCCAACAGCCACGCAGUCCAGAUUCGGUCACAAGAAUCACCUCCCCUCACACUGAUUCGAAAGCCCUCCCUGUUCGCAGAAGCAAUGGCACUGGCGGCGGACUCUUCGCAGAUAAUGUAGACGGUUGCGAAAGCCAUCAAUCGUUUAUAGGCCCCCCAUUCGCUGCAUCGUACAAGGAUCGUAUGGACGCAUUACGGUCAGCAAGCUCGCCGUCUCCGUCAACGGGACGUAUGGAUGAAGAUGAACGACGGGCCAAGACCGAGGCUUUGAAGAGCUUGCUGCUCAAUCCUCGUCCACAGAAACCUUCCUCGGCUUCGACCACAACACAGAAUCAAUUUGCUGGCUUUGGAGAGCACUACCACAGCGUACCUCAUUUUGCGACUCCAUUGAGAACAAUGUCAGGGCCGCCUGCUUCUUACUCGCAUGGCAUAUCAAUCGAGAAAAAACAAGCCUUACCCGGCGGCGAUCUAUAUCCUCAAUCAUCACAAACACAACCCAUUUUCUAUCAAUCCCAGCCUUCAUACUCGCCCCUGCGCAAGGAGGUUCUUUCGACGAAAGCCGGGAAUCAAUUGAAUGCCUCUGGAGAAGCGUACUACCCUCCACCUCAUACAUACGGGCAGCCAAGGUCUCCACUUAAGCAUGCACAGUACCCACUGUGUUAUCCCCCUCCUCAACAAUCGUCUGUGUCACGCACGGUCUCGGUAAGUCCGGCAGCGCAGUCUAUUGAUACAAAGAAGAUGGAAGAUGAUCUGCGACGUAUUCUGAAACUCGAUGCGCCCCCGGGUGUUUCAGCCAGUGGUAUUCGAAGCUCAUUCGCUUGAACACAUCCAUGUAUUAUGCAAGUGCUAGCUGUCACUCUUCUGUCGAUAAUGAGCCCGAUCAUUUCCUGCCUUGAUGCUCUUAUUCUUGAGGGCAAGUAUCUGUUCAAUCUGUUGUAUUUAGCUCAGCUCACGCUUCUGAGCGGGCCCUGGAAUAUGUUUUAUCAUUGCAUGCCUCUCUCGCGCUCGUUUGUCAUGUCUUUGACCACUCCAAUU